UGAGGGGCGCGACCCGGCGUCGCCAUGCCAGAGCAGCGCACUACCACAAUCACAUCCACCGGCUACACAGGAUUCCGCACGGUCGAGUGCUUCCAGGUGCCCUACACGUGGAAGAGGGCCGGGCAAAGCGUCGGCGCCUUGCUACUGGUGUGCGGAGUGGCAGCUCUCGCCUGCGGCGCUUACCGCGUCCACCUCUACCGCCACCACUGCGGCGACACCUGCCUGGACGAGCUGAUUAUAGGCGGCGUUACCGUCGGCGUCGCCGCCCUGGACGUGGUGCUGCACGUGCUGCUGCUACUCAGCCUGCGCAACUCGUGGCCGGCGGUUGCCGUGCUGGCGACCGUGUGGGACGGGCUGAAGGCAGCCGGUUGUCUGUACCUACUAGUCAGCAGCACGUACCGGCUGCACACGCGACCGUCAGACGUCGUAUUCGAACACUACGUGGCGCAGGUGGCGCUGGUGCUCUGUUUGGCCGUGGCCAUGUACACGCUGGCUUCAGCCGCACACGAACAGCGCACCGCCAACCGGCUUGAGGACGACGACAGUCCGUGACGCCGGAGCUGGUGGAGGGCCCUGAUGUGCCACAGGGCGGCGGCGUACGGUGAGAGCUGAUCCAGGGGCUCAGCAGUGAGACAGCACCGACAGGAGCUGAUCCAGAGGCUCGGCAGUGAGACAGUGUCGGGGAGGAGCUGUUCCAGAGGCUCGGCAGUGAGUCAGCGUCGAUCAGGAGCUGAUCCAGAGGUUUAGCAGUGAGACAGCGCCCAGCGGGAGCUGGUCCAGAGGCUCAGCAGUGAGUCAGCGCCCAGCGGGAGCUGGUCCAGAGGUUCAGCAGUGAGUCAGCAUCGGGCAGGAGCUGAUCCAGAGGCUCAGCAGUGGGUCGGUAACGGGUGGGAGCCGAUCGAGAGGUUCAGCGAUGAGUCAGCAUCGGACAGGAGUUGAUCCAGAGGCUCAGCAGUGGGUCGGUAACGGGUGGGAGCUGAUCCAGAGGUUCAGCAGUGAGUUAGCGCCGAGCGCGAGUUCGUCCAGAGGCUCGGCAGUGAGUGGGCAACGGGUGGGAGCUGUCCCAGAGGUCCAACAGGGAGACAGCGCCGGGCAGGAGCUGAUCCAGAGGCCCAGCAGUGAGUCAGCAUCAGGCAGGAGCUGAUCCAGAUGCUCAGCAGUGAGUCGGCAACGGGUGGGAGCUGAAAGAGAGGUUCAGCAGUGAGACAGCGCCCAGCGGGAGCUGGUCCAGAGGCUCAGCAGUGGGUCAGCGCCGAGCGGGAGCUGAUACGGACUGUCGACAGAAGCCAGGCAACCCAGCUGUACAGCAGCCCGCCAGCGGAGAGGGGAUGGGGGGACGGGUGAUGCACGACCCGGAUCACAGGGGCUGGACGUGCGGCGCGCUCAGAUGCUGCCGCCCAGCUGCAACUGUGAUUUGCUGGCCAGGCCGAGCGCGGUGAGAACUCGUGCGACGCUGUGCACCGACCUGCAGUGUGUUAUGCAGCUGAGGAGAAGCUGGUGAACUGAGAUGAAUCUGAGGCCUGUGGCCUUACGUGUCCGUGGCAGUGCGGUUGCGGACAAAUGUAUCGAAGGAACGAAACGGAGGAACUUCAGAGAAACGGCCGACCACGGUCGGCUCGCCAGCUUGUGGGCAACAAACGAGCCUCUGUUCUGUUCUUUUAUAAGCUCUGCUUUCAGGGAGGCCGAAGGGAUCAGUUUCAAGCGACACGACCCGUCCCGCCUGGCUCUUUGUGAAGGUGCAGUUGGUUUGAAGUGGUAUUUUUAUGCCGUGAUUUAGUGGCAGCAAUAUAUGUUGUAUCGUAUCGAGGACCAUUAUGAAGGACAGCGCAGGACAUGCGUCAUACAUCCCAGAAGGCCCACAUGUAUGUCGUGCAACGUGAAAAACACCGGUCCUAAUCAGGCUGGCUUGUGUACAAAGCCUAGCUGUAGCGUAUUUGCGAGGUUUCAAUCACAGUGGUUUUCCACCAAGAAUUUGAAUCUCAGAAUGCCAGAGUCUUCGUUUGAACUGAGAAUGGGCAAGCUACAUUAGUCGCCUUUAAUAAACUAGGUACAUGCCACACAACUGUGCUUUAAUGUGUCGUGUGUCUGUACAAACAGAGUUACGAUUGGCUAGGAAAGACAUUUAAAAGCGCCAUUGGUAUAGACUCGAAUUUAGUAUUUCGUUGAAUUAAAUCCAGUCAUUAGUGGUAUAUAAAGUAUUGUGAUGCGUAUUAUCGGCCGUUUGUACUGAUGCAAAUAUCAUGAAGCUGUUCAUUUAGUGUACGGAACCGCAAUGUGUAGCGCAACUAGAGAUUUGCCUUGCUGUUACAGGAUGUCUGUGCUUAAUGCCAGCACAAAAGCAAUAUUUUGACACGGGAAGCGCGCGGCGUUAGUGCUGGAUGCUUUCGAUGCUAGUUCGUGAGAUGGCUAGUUGAUAGGGAAGGAGUGUGGCUUUGAAGGAAGGUGUUUGGUGGUAGCGCGCGGGAGCUGCGUGUGCUUACGCGGGUGACCUUUAGCAAUGGUAUUAAACUGUGUGUUCUAGACACGGACGAUGUUUGUUACUCGUUAGUGAGCGAUGCGUGCUUGGUACGGUGGGAACGCAAUGUCGCUAUUAGCUUUGCAACUUCCGUUCGUUGACACGAACAUUGCAAAGGACAGUGAAAUACAUAUUUGUGCGUGGGAUGUAAGAAAAAUGUCCUGUGUACGUUAAGGCAAAUAUGACUCAUUUGUUGUG